AUUAAUAAUCUGUUCAAUGUCAGACGCUCCAAGAGUAAUGAAUAAUAAAAUAAUAGAAAUUAUUUUUUAGAAAUACUUCUAAUUAGCCCUAAUAAACUCCUGUUGCAAAAUAAGUUAACGAGUAACCAAAUCAAGAGACCAAUGUUUAACCAAUAAAUUAAACGAAAGACUUGAGUUAGAUAGGAUUGGAUGUUGUGCAGCCUGGAGAGGUGUCAUUGUAGUAGACAAAUGUUGUGUGUUUUAAUGGCGUAUAACAAUUCUACGGACUAUUAGUGGCUACAAACUACUAAGUAAUAUAUAAUUAUUAAUCAAAGAUUGUUUUCUCGCCUUAAAGAUUUCCUACAGAUUUCAGAAAGGAUUACUUUUAGAUUCCUUAUACAUUUUUGAUAAAGGUGGAUAGAUCAAUUGAUAAGAAAUAAAAUGAUUCAAAUAUUCUUGAGUUAUCAUCGAAGGAUGGUAGAUAAUUGCGAUAUAGAUUUUAGAGAGAGCAAAGUGAUGAUUGUGCAUGUUUAUUUAAUUUGAUCAAUAAGAAUGCUUAUACAUUGUAGAAGACCACAUUAUUUGCAUUUACGUUUUACAAAGAAAUGUAGAAUUUGGAGAAUGAAUUUUAAGGGUGGAAGAUAUACAAUAUAGAGAAAGACUUUGAAAGGAUGGGAGUGUUGAUUUAAUAAGAAAGUCAGCAACAAUAAAUGAAUGUGUUAUAUAAAUAUUUGAACAAUGAGGGUGGAUAGAUAUGUGCUACAUAUUACAAUAGAUUGAUAGUACCUGCUAAAGUCGAUAUGGAUUGCAUACAGAAGACAGCUAAGUUUAGAUCAAAGGAGAGAAUACCAAUUUUAUCAUAUGCAUUUUAAGUGAAUGGGAAGAUGGUGUCACUGUGGAGAAGUGCAUAAUGUAGGAUAGGAAUAGGGUAGAUAAGAUCAUUGGAAGAUGAAUUAUAUUUGAAAUAGAUGUCUUAGUAAAUGGUUGAUGAAGCAGAAAAUGUAUAAGAGGAGAUUAGAUUAAAAAUAUUUGAUGCUCGUUCAGAUGUUAAUUCUAUAGGGUAAUAAGUGUCAGGUAAGGGAUUUGAGAAUCCAAUGUAUUAUAAAAAUUGCAGCAUUGAGUUUUUGGAAAUCCAGAGUAUCCAUAAGAUGAGGGAAUCUUAGAUGAAGUUGCUGAAAAAUUCAUUCAGGUAGGAGUGUAUUAUUAUUUUAGUGAGACUAUAUCAUUUAUCUCAUAAUUAGAGAUAUCAUAAUGGUACGAACAUAUAGUAUUACUAAUACAGGGUGCAGUGAGAAUUUCGUUGAGUUUAACAAAGGAGAAGUUGAAUGUCUUAGUUCAUUGUAAUGAUGGAUGGGAUAAAACACCUCAAUUGGUAUCUUUGGUUUAGAUUAUGAUCGAUGGAUAUUACAGAACUUUUGAUGGAUUCAUGAUGUUAAUUUAGAAGGAGUGGAUAAAUAAUGGACAUUAGUUUUGUUAGAGAUCUGCAAUUGGUAAUAGAUAACAUAGUGAUGAUUGUCGAUCACCAAUAUUCUUUUAGUUUCUGGAUUGUGUCUAUCAAAUGCAAUAACUUUACCCAUUAUCUUUUGAAUUCAAUGUCAAAUUAUUACUGGACUUGGCGUAUCAUCACAUUUCCUCUCUUUUUGGUAGCUUUUUAUGCGACUCCUUCUUGGUAUUGAUUCUCACAUUAUGAAUUCACUCUAGGAAAUUCAAAAAUAAAAAGUCAUGGAAUCAACAGUGUCCAUUUGGUCUUGGAUGAUGAAAUAAAAAGAGAAAUAUAGAAAUGCAUAUUAUUUGAAUCCUGCUUCCAUUGAAUAAGAAGUGAUUAUACCUGAAUAAUUUACAGGGAAGUCUGUGAAGUUAUGGUAGGAGUAUUUUCUUAAUUACUCUCCUGAAUUCAAUGAUGUCUAUGGAAUCCACCCAUCCUCCUAAUUCACAAGGUAGUCCAUUUCUAUUCUAUGUCUAGGGACAACCUAUAAGAAAUGUACAAGGCUUUAGCUAAGGAGAACCAAGUCUUGAGAUUGGCUCAACUGGAUUAAGAGAAAUUGGCCCAUCUGAAUCAACAGAAGUUCAAUUAACUAUUUCAAAUCAUCCAGGAAAGUUAAAAUGAAAAAAUCAUCGAAAAACUUGAAUCCAUUCAACUUACAUGAAAAUGAUUUUUAUCCUCUUUAUAGGUUAUUUUAUAAGGC